CAGGCACGGGGUGCAUAGUUCAUAACACCCGAGGUAUAACGACUAUGGUUGCCUUUGCACGCGAGGAUAAAUAAGUUAAAUUCGUUCAUUACUUAUGCUUAGGAAGUAUUUUGCAGCGUUUGAUUGUUUAUACAUAAAAAUGUCUGUGGACACAAGUCAAAAUUUGACUCUGAGACCCUUGUUCAAAGAUCCAGGUGUCGAUUUAACAGCAUACCGAGAUCAACACUUUAAAGGCAGCCGAAUGCAACAAGAGAAGUUGUUAAAAAUGUCUAGCACGCUUUAUGUUGGUAACUUGUCAUACUACACAACAGAAGAACAAAUUUAUGAACUGUUUUCUAAAUGUGGCGACCUUAAAAGAGUUGUCAUGGGUUUGGACAAAUUUAAAAAGACUCCAUGUGGCUUCUGCUUUGUGGAGUAUUGCGAACGACUAUGUGCAGAGAACGCUGUUCGUUACAUUAACGGCACUCGUCUUGAUGAUCGCGUUGUAAGAACAGAUUGGGAUGCUGGGUUUAAGGAGGGACGACAGUUUGGUCGGGGAAAAGCUGGUGGGCAGGUACGAGACGAAUACCGAAUGGAUUUUGAUCCUGGAAGGGGAGGGUUUGGUGCACGAGCGCAACUAAAAGGAGAAAAACAACUAACAAGGGCUGGCAAUGCUAUUGAGAGGGAGACACCAAAGCAAGAGAAUGAGGAGACAUGAAUAAGGAAUUGAUUUAUCACAAACUGAGAAGGCAGAAGUGUUGCAACUUGCACUGCUGUAUAUUGAAAAGUGAUUUUAGUAUACUGCGUUUGAUUUAAAGGCAAUUUUACAAUAAAAGUUAUACACACCAA